GCCAUACAGUCUCCGACCGUCCCGGAAUCGUAUCCCAUCGCCUACCGCUGGUACAUGCCAAAGUUGAUCAAACACUGUGAGAAUGUAUCCCCGAUCCCCGUCACCGCCAAAUGUAGUGCUUACAAGCUGCAGACCGUUUGGCUGAGAAGCGCUAUGGAAGAUCCCUGCCUGUUUCAUGCCACGCUGUUCGCCGGGUCUUCACACUUUGAUAUCUGUCGGGGACAGAAGCAAAGCAUGAUCACCCUUUACCACUAUAAUGAGCUGAUCAAGCUGGUCAAAAAGCGACUUGCCGACCCAGCGACCGCGUUGGACGAUCGCACGAUCGCUUCCAUCACCCCACUGGCACUAUUUGCUAAUCUUGGUGGUGAUCGAGCUUCAGCUGAAGUACAUCGAGCUGGCCUGGAAAACAUGGUUUUGCUACGGGGCGGGAUGCACAACCUGGGCUUGGACGGUCUAAUUUCAUCACUCAUCCACAUGUUCGUUUGGUCUUCUCGGGGCGUUCCCUCCUUUCCUUAG